AUGCUGUCGCCAGCUUAUAUAGGCAUUGAGGAUCUGAUGCAAAUGCCAUUUUUGUCGUUGUAUUUACAAUUAGAUCCAACAAAUGAGCGGGUUGACGUUCCGUUAAAUUUUGAUAAAAUACGUCAAAUCGUUUCUUGCAAACAUAAGAUCGAAGAGGUACUAAAAGACUAUAAAACAGAUGCUAAUGAAACAAGAAAGAAAUUUUUCAAGAAGAUUAGAAUUGACGAUAAAAAGAAAGUCUCGAAUCCCGAAAUCACAGCGUUCCGAGAGCAUUUUCAGAUCUCACUUGGAUUAUCUGGAUUAUCUUCGAAUGCUUACAAUUGUUUGGGGCAGUUUACAACCUCAUCAUCGGCCGAUCCCACAAAUAGUCUUAAGCAUUUAUUGUCUGUUUGGGUCGAUCCCGCG